CGCUUGUCAAUGAUUCUAUACUAAGAAGCAGAGUAUAAAUUCUACGAGUACACAGCCAAGAAGAGCUUCUUUCUUUCUAUCGUACGCGUACGUAUGUUAUGCACUGCAUCGAGAAAGCUGUCUCUUAUUUUAGCAUGAUUUAGGGUUAGGUACAAGGUACAAAGCACUGAUUGACAUUGGCUUCUCUGGAAAAGGGCUGAAGGUGUUUCUCUUUCUCUUCCUCAUUCACAACCUAUUCGUUAUCGUAGGAUAGCUCAUCAUAACGAGGUACAAAAAUUGUGAUCGAGUAUGAGAGUAAAGAGACAAACGCGCAAAGGAUAAAAGGCAAUACAUCAGCCAUCGAUCCUAGGUCAGAAGCAAUAACAAUAACAACAACAACGCAAAUAUAAUCAUCUUUCAUCAUGGCUUCUCCUGUUCUCUCUGCAAUUGAUACGCAAGUCCCUGCAUUCUUACGACCAACAAGUGUGCUAAUGCUACGAACACCAAUUCCACCUUCGCAAGGGACAGAUCCAUAUCAUGAUGCUUUUGGUCCGUUUUGUUUACCUUCGUUUCCAUUUAGUGCUUUGGAAUCUGGUUCUUCAACACCUUUACCGCCUACAAAUAGUUUGACAAUGUCGGCAAACGAACGAACAGGAGCUGAUUUGCUUCGAAACGCAUUGGCAGCUAGUUCGACUGGAAGAAGACGAGGACGUUGGAUCGAUGACGAUGGCACCUUGACAACCCAUCAUUUAUCUUCUGAACCAGAUGAUGUCGCUGGCACAUCGGCAGAUACAAACGAUGAAAUUCCAAAACGAGAAUUUUGCGUAACAAGUUUGACAAUCUUAGGACAUCGUACGCUCAACAUCGAUCAAUUGGUCGAUAAAAUGCUUGAAGGAAGUGAAGAUACAGGCAACGGCAGAAAACCUUUUCGCGGCGCAGUGAUCACAAGUCAACGGGCUGUUGAAGCAUGGAUGGAGGCAGCAGUCAUUGCAGCAGAACAGGUCCGAUCAGGGAAGGAAACCAAAACCAAUUGGCCUAGAACGCCUGUCUUUGCUGUUGGACCUGCAACAUCAGAAGCCUUGCGUGCGGCUGCCAAGCAAACAAUUCUCCCACUGAGAACCUCUCUAGUGAUGGGCGGAGGCGCAACAGGAACAGGAGAAGCGUUGGCAAAUUACAUCAUUCGACAUUUCAAUGGCCCUCAAGGAGCGGCACCCGGUGAUGCUUUAGAAGUGAAUCCGGAUGAACCUCCUCUGCUUUAUCUAUCUGGCGAUAAGAAUGCACCAACAAUUCCAGAAAUGCUUUCGUCUGCCAGUCCGCCAAUUCAAGUAGAACAGUUGAUGGUGUAUGAGACUUGCCUGCACCCUCAAUUCGUACAUGCUUGUUCAACCUUAUCUAGAUCUUUACCUCCUGCACCGCAAAGUCGGCCAGGAAGUAGGAGAUCAAGUCGAGCAGGAUCUAGCAGUAGCACAAGAAGGCCGAGCGUGGGCAGCUUAUUUGGUGGUGGAGUAGGGGCAAAUUUGGAACGCAAGAGGAGCGGAGGGGCAAGUGAUUUUGGUCAAAAGCCAACAGGAUUGAAUCAUUCCAAUCAUUCUAUGGGAGGUUCAGCCGGACCUGCUUUAACAGCAAUGACUCCGUUUGCCUCAACACCCGAACAACAGCAUACGCCUGAGCUUCUGGCGUCACCAGUAGAAGAUAUGGAAAUACCACCUCUAGAUACGGAUAUUGGAUUGGGAACAGGAACGGGAACGAAGCCUGAUUGGAUCGUAUUCUUUUCGCCUAGCGGGAUUCAAUAUGCUUUGGAAGAUUUGCAAAAGCGUAAAUGGUUACCGGGACCGUAUACGUUUGAUGCAGAAAAGCAACAAUACGCAAAAGAUAGUCCUGAGGCUGCACGUAGAAAGGAGAAAUGGUUAUCGAUGGGACCACCAGAAGGAUAUCCUAGGAUCGCGGUAAUCGGACCAACAACGAAACGUUGGGUACGACAAAAUCUUGGUUUUCAACCUGAUGCUGUUGCUGCCAGUCCAGGACCUACGGAAUUACGUGAAGCGAUUCGAAUGGGCGAAAGAAGGAUUCGUAGAGAACGUGAUCGAACAAAAGCAGAACGUGCAUUACAAGAAAAGUUGAAAAAAGAAGAGAAAGCACGAUUAGUAGGCGUUGCAGAUGGAGAAGGCGUGCCUAUGGAAAUGGACUGAUAAAUGCAUUGUAUUAUAAUACUUCAGGAACACACAAGCAAUCCUUUUCUACUUCCACUUGUUUG